GUUGGUGUCUGGGGCAGGUGAUAUAAAAAUUACAAAAGAUGGAAAUGUUUUAUUACAUGAAAUGCAAAUACAACAUCCAACAGCAUCCCUCAUUGCCCGUGCAUCUACUGCUCAAGAUGAUAUCACAGGGGAUGGUACAACCAGUACUGUGUUGGUCAUUGGAGAGCUUCUCAAACAAGCAGAUAUCUACAUAUCUGAGGGACUUCAUCCUAGAAAGCUUACUGAAGGUUUUGAGUUGGCUAGAAUCAAAACCUUGGAGGUAUUAGACUCCAUGAAGAUUCCCAUUGAGCCUACAAAGGAAGGCCUAAUGGAUGUUGCCAGAACAUCCCUUAGAACUAAAGUUCAUCCUAGCAUUGCUGAUAAGCUUACUGAAAUCUGUGUGGAUGCAGUGUUAGCUAUUCAGCAAAAAGAUCAAGAUAUCGAUUUACAUAUGGUUGAACUGAUGGAGAUGCAACAUAGGACUGCAGCAGAUACCACUUUAGUUCGUGGUAUUGUGACUGAUCAUGGAUCCAGACAUCCAGAUAUGCCUAAAAGAGUCGAAAAUGCAUAUAUCCUGACAUGUAAUGUUAGUCUGGAAUAUGAGAAAAGUGAGGUAAACAGUGGUUUCUUUUACAAAACAGCAGAGGAACGUGAGAAACUGGUUGCGGCAGAACGCGUAUUCAUAGAUAAUCGCGUGAAGAAAAUUAUCGAAUUAAAGAAGAAAUUGUGUGAUGGAACUGACAAAUCUUUUGUUGUUAUAAAUCAAAAAGGAAUCGACCCACCAUCUUUGGACAUGCUUGCUAGAGAAAACAUUUUAGCUCUUCGCAGGGCGAAACGCAGAAACAUGGAACGAUUAGCAUUGGCCUGUGGAGGAACAGCAAUGAAUUCGAUAGAUGAUAUACACGAAGAACAUUUGGGAUGGGCUGGACUCGUAUAUGAGCACGUGUUGGGAGAAACUAAAUACACCUUCAUAGAAGAAUGUAAGAAACCAAACUCUGUGACAAUACUGUUAAAGGGUCCAAAUAAGUAUACUCUCGAACAAUUGAAAGACGCCGUCAGAGAUGGUCUGAGAGCUAUCAAGAAUGCCAUUGACGACCGCGCUGUUAUUCCCGGUGCUGGUUCUUUCGAGGUUGCAGCCAGCCAGGCGCUUCAACGGUACAAAGAACAAGUAAAAGGAAAACAGCGCUUGGGCGUACAAGCUUACGCGGAAGCAUUACUUGUCAUUCCAAAAAUUCUUGCUGUAAAUAGCGGAUUUGAUGCACAAGACACAAUCGUGAAAUUGCUGGAAGAAGGAACUGCAUUGGGUGAGGCUGUAGGAUUAGAUAUUGCCACAGGUGAAGCGUUGAAACCCGCUGAUGCGGGGAUUUAUGACAAUUAUAAUGUAAAGAAACAAAUCAUUAAUUCGUGCACAAUCAUUGCCAGUAACCUACUUCUAGUUGACGAAAUAAUGAGAGCAGGGUUGUCAUCUUUAAAAGGAUAAGAUGGCGUUAAGAAUUAAUCAAUUGAAAAUACAUUCUUCGAAACUAAAAGUUAAUUUAAUUGUCACGCAUCCUUACGUUUUUGUAUGCUUUCGAAUAACAUAAACAAAUUGCACCGAAUAACGAAUAAAGAGCAACUUUUACAUUAAGGAACUGAAAAAUGGUGGGUAUUUAUUUCUUAUUAAUCGUUCAAAUUUCCUGCUAAUAACUAGAAACUCAAUUUGUAAGCAUGAGAGAUCAUUCACCUCGUACGUAAACUUUGUACAAUUACUUAAAUAAAAAAGUUAAAAUAAUUAUUUAUAUAGAUGUUUGUUUUCCAUUAAACGUUUUAAUUUAAUG